UUCUUAGAGUUCUUCUAAUUCACAUAAAAGUCAUGGCACAAUUGUAAAUGUAUAGUAUUAUAUACUGCGUUUGGGAAGAGGAAAUUUUUUAAUAUAUAUAUUUAGUAACAGUGCAAUCAGCUAUAAUUCUGUGAUGCCAUUUACACGUUGAACGCUGCGGUUAUUCCUUCGUAACACGGAUCAGUUGGAGUGUGUAGUGUUCACUGACUUCACUGCUUAGGCUAUAGGGCUCAUAGGGCUAUAGUUAGGUCAGAAACGGAUUGAGAUGGUUGGGUUGUUAAGAACUUCUUUUGUUUUGUAUCUAAUAUCGACAGAGUGUUAGUGUUUAUCACACAUAAGCCCAGGAAAUUCUGUGGUCAGUGGUCUGUCAUGGCAGACAAUUUAAGUUUAACAGCAGAGCAGACGGAAAAAAUACUUCAAUUUCAGGAUUUGACAGGCAUUGAAGAUAUCUCAGUAUGCAGAGAUGUACUGCAACGACAUGCAUGGGAUUUGGAGGUGUCUGUCCAGGACCAACUGAACAUGCGUGAAGGACAUCCAUCUGUGUUUGCUUCAGACAUUCGUACACCUGCAGUAGUAAAUGAUCGUUCAACUCAGCACAUAUUCUUUUCUCCCCCUGGAGACAGAAAUCCCCAUAGCAUACGAGGACUUUUCAAAUAUGUAGUGUCUCUAGUUUUACAGCUCUGCUAUAACACAAUCACCAAUAUCUUGCAGUUCACAUUCAGGUUGUUCCAGCCUGAUCCAAGAAGAUAUGUUACGGAUCCUGUAGCCGAUGUCCUUUCUUUCGUCCGUCUAUAUGAGCAGAAAUACGGACGUGGUCAUCCAGUGUUCUACCAAGGAACUUACAGUCAAGCACUUAAUGAUGCUAAACAGGAGCUACGAUUUCUUCUAGUCUAUUUGCAUUGUGAGGAACAUCAAGACACUGCUAACUUUUGCAGAUACACUUUACCACACCCAGAUGUGAUAAGCUAUAUCAAUUCCAACAUGCUGUUCUGGGCCUGUUCAGUUACAACAUCGGAGGGCUAUCGAGUUUCACAAGCAUUGCGUGAGAAUGGAUACCCUUUUCUUGCUGUUAUAGUUCUUCAUGAUGGGCGAAUGACUGUUGUUGGAAGGUUGGAAGGCCCAGUGGAACCAGAUGAACUAAUCACUCGCCUUCGAACAAUUGUAUCUGAUAAUGAAGUAGCCCUGAUUGCAGCAAGGGCUGAAAGGGUUGAACGUAACUUUAAUCAAACACUAAGGCAGCAGCAAGACCAAGCAUACCUCGAGUCAUUGCGAGCUGAUCAGGAGAAAGAGCGUCUGCGAUGUGAGGAAAGGGAAAGACGUGAGGGUGAAGCAAGACAGCAGAGAGAAAGGGAGUUAGAAGAACAGUAUCACAAAGAGGAAAUACGCAGAAAAAAGAUUGAGUACCAGGUGCAUAUUCCAGAUGAACCUCCACCAGAUCAUCCAGAAGCUGUUCAUAUUGUUAUUAAACUCCCAGAUGGAAUGCGACUUGAAAGACGUUUCUUGCAGAAUCAUUCCCUUGAGGCUGUCUUCUAUUACGUAUUUUGCCACCCUGCAUCUCCAGACACCUUCGAGAUCGCAACUAAUUUCCCUAAACGAGUCCUAAAUUGUGCACCUCAAGGAGAUGGGAGUCACAUCCAGACUUUGAAAGAAGCAGGUCUCCGUUUCCGUGAAGUUCUUUUUGUUUACGAUUUAGAGGCAUGAUGUGCUUUUGUCAAGUCUGAACAGAACACCUGCAGUGAAGGCUCUGUGGUGUUUCAGAGUUUUACUACAUAUGUCUGAUGGUGAGAAUGUGGACAAACAUAGAUUCCUUAUGUUUUCAAAACUUUUUUUGUGCUGUAGGCUACCAGUCUCAAUUGUAUUAUGUCAAAUCACAAAGUAUGUAAAUAUAAGUAUGAAGGGGAAGUAAUUUCUCCUAGUGCUCACUGUUAACAUACAUUUAUGUUUUCUGAUGGCAAGUACUAUAGUUUCUCUAAUGGUGGACAUUAAAAUUCACAGUUUAGUUUUGAAACAAGAUUACACUUUGUGUAAUGUUUUGAGGAUAAAGCCAAUUUAAAUAUUCUCAGUAUGUGUGAAGAAGUUGUAUUAAAUUUUGUAGCAGGUAAGAAGAUUGGUUAGUGUCCUACCAGGUAAACAGAUAAGAGUAACUGUGUUUUUUAAUUGCUAUUAUUAUUAUUACUGUACACUUUUAUUAAAUAAUGCAUCUGUUCUUCAGUAAUAAUUAUUAUUACAAAUUAUAACUUGUAUAUUUUGUAUUAAGCCCCAUUUGAGUUAAAAUUAUUGAUCUUAUUGUGAUGACUGGUAUGUAAAUACUUCAUUGUUUUCAUUUUACCCACUAUUUUCGUGUGGGGUAUAUAUACAGUUUAUCUUUGGACUGGUUCCUGCCACUGGCAUGGCAAUCUUCUUGCACUUGCCUGCUGCAGCAGAUAAUAAUUCAUGGUGUGCUUUUCCACUGUACUUAACUGCUUUUAUAGAAGAGUCUUGAAGUGAUGGCCAACCGUCUGCUUCCAAGCAUCCUUCACAUUGUAAGAAUGUUUCUACACAUCAGAAUUGCUGUAUGGGAAGAGCAGAAAUUUCAUGCUUCAUAUUUUCAUGAAGAUCCUCAAAAGAGUGCAGAUUGUUCACAUUUUCUUUCAGUAUGCCCCACAAAUAAAAGUCAGAGGGAUUUAAAUCAGGUGAUCACAGAGGUCACAAUCUUAGAUUUAUUAUUCAUAUAUGGAAAACUUAAUGUAAUGCAUCCAUAGAAUUGUUCACAGUGUGCGCUGUUGUAUUACUGUGUGUAUAUUGCCUGUAUGGUUUUUCUUAAUCUGAUGGUUGAUUGAAGAAGGGUAACAAAAUCUGUAUCAAAACAUUGGCCCAUUAUUCUAUACUCACUAACUGCACACCAAACCCCCACUCUUAACUCCUACAGUGAUACUUCUAGAACAGCAUAAGGAUUUUAUGUGCUCCAGUAUGUUAUUCUGGCUGUUUACAUGACCACUUAAUGUGAAUCUUGCCUUGUCAGAAUGAAACAUAAGUUUUGGCCAAGAAAUGAACUGAAUACCAAUUCCUGAAACCACCUGCAGUGACAAUUCUUGUUUCACAAUCAGGAUGCAAAAAAGGCUAUGUACAACUUUAGUUUUGCAAGGCCGCAACUUCAACUUUGUGCCAGUGAGACCUGUACCUUUUGCCAACCACACUGAAGAGCCAGAAGGUGUAAUGACUUUGAAGGCUUGCUUCUAAUCAAGUUACCAAGUUUUUCUUUUGUCAGUAUGUGUUUAUUGAGAUUUAUUUUUGUCCAACACUGAGCUUGCAGAACAUUACUUUACCGAGGUAUUGUGAAUUGUUGCUUUACACAACAUUGUACUCUCAGGAUAUUUCCCACAGCAUUUUCUUCAUAAGCAACACUGUACAAAGGAAUCAAAAAUGAAUAAUUUCUGAUCAAAACUAUGAAGGAUAGUCAGUAAAUAGGUCACAGAUGGAAGUAAAACACCUGUAAUGGUCAUAAUAGGUUUUCUGUGUAUAUCAUUAGGUAGCAGCACAGUUGAGCUUCAAGACAGUCUAGGUAAUGGAUGUGCAUGCGCAUGUACAGAGGCUGGUUUCAAUAGUCAAAAUGGCAACUGUGCUUCAGGAGUAUAUUACUGAUGAGCAGCAUUCUGUUGUGCGUUUUUUGUGGGUGAUAGGACUCAUUGAAAAGGAUAUACAUAAAGAAAUCCUCAGAGUUACUGGGUUUUCAGACUUUAUCCAUCAUCCAUAUUCUAAAAACUAGAAAACAAUAUUUCAGAGACUGGAUCUGUUUCCAUCCUCGGAUGAGGGAGGAGACCCAUGCCCUGAUGGGUCCCUUAGAAAGACUGUUGUUCGCUCUUUCUAAGGG